AAAUCACCUGACUCCAUCACAGCUUGUUUUAGUUUGCUGGGGGGAAGUAUGGCUCUUAGUGUGGUUGUUUUGUGGUUUAUUAACAUCGCUUUAUGCUUUGUUCGUUCAACUCCUUUAUUCUCACAAGAGGAAGAAUAUCAUUUUAAGCAGUGGGUGUCACAGCACAACAGACUUUACACCACUGAGGAUUACUACCAUCGACUCAGUAUAUUUACUGAGAACAAGAGGACGAUUGAUCGUCACAAUGCUGGGAAUAACUCCUUUACAAUGGGCCUGAACCAGUUCUCAGACCUGACGUUUGAGGAGUUCAAAAAAUUCUACCUUCAGACGCCGUCUCAGAGCUGUUCAGUCACUAAAGGGAAUCAUGUCUCCGGCACCGGACCACACCCAGAGUUUAUAGACUGGAGGGUGAAGGGCAACUUCAUCACUCCGGUGAAGAACCAGGGUUUCUGUGGAAGCUGUUGGGCUUUUUCAUCCACCGGCUGUCUGGAGUCAGUAAAUGCUAUUGCAACUGGAAAGCUAAUAUCUUUGUCUGAGCAGCAGCUGUUAGACUGUUCCAAACCCUUCAACAACUUUGGCUGCUUGGGGGGGCUCCCGAGCCAAUCCUUUGAGUAUAUUAAAUACAACAAAGGUCUUAUGACAGAGGAGGAUUAUCCUUACACAAGCUUUGUUGGGACCUGCAAAUUUGAACGUCAGCUCGCAGCUAGUUUUGUCCAAGAUGUGGUUAACAUAACCUGUAAUGAUGAAAAGGCCAUGGUGGACGCUGUGGCCCGACUCAACCCCAUUACCUUCAGUUUUGAUGUGACGUCUGACUUUAAGCACUAUAAAGAUGGUGUCUUCUCCAGCACUCAGUGUAAGAACACAGCAGACACUGUGAAUCAUGCAGUUCUAGCUGUGGGUUUUGGCAGUGAUGAUAAUGGCAAGCCAUAUUGGAUCGUGAAGAACUCUUGGGGAACAUCCUGGGGGCAAGACGGGUAUUUUUUGAUUGAGCGUGGAAAAAACAUGUGUGGAGUGGCUACAUGUUCUUCCUAUCCCCUACCAUUUGUUUGAAACAAGUGGGAACAAAACAUGCUGUGUUAGAUGUUG